UUAACCGAAGAGGGGGAUUGUGGAGAACCAGAGUCCGAAGGACCCAGGAGUUUCCCUGUGUCCAGCGCAGCCGGAACCGCCUGAGGUGCCAUGUUUCAGGACAGAGUAAGACACCUGGUAAAGAAGAAUUGAAGAAAUUAUACAGAUACCAGAUAUAGCAUAAUUACAAAGAAAGCAUUAACCUGCCUCUGAGGUGACUAAAGGGGAAUAAUGGUGAUUUUGCGCCGGGCUCGGCCGCCUGCUUCCGCCCCAACCAGCAAUGAAUCUUGACUCGCUUUCGCUGGCCUUGUCUCAAAUCAGCUACCUGGUGGACAAUUUAACCAAGAAAAACUACCGAGCCAGCCAACAGGAAAUACAGCAUAUUGUGAAUCGGCACGGUCCUGAGGCAGACAGGCAUUUAUUACGCUGCCUAUUUUCACAUGUUGAUUUCAGUGGCGAUGGUAAAAGCAGUGGCAAAGAUUUUCAUCAGACACAGUUUCUGAUUCAGGAGUGUGCGUCGCUGAUUACAAAGCCAAAUUUUAUCUCGACAUUGUCAUAUGCCAUUGAUAAUCCAUUGCACUACCAGAAGAGUUUAAAGCCUGCACCUCAUCUGUUUGCCCAGCUGAGUAAAGUUCUCAAGUUAAGCAAAGUACAAGAGGUAAUUUUUGGCCUUGCCCUCUUGAAUUCUUCCAGUUCAGAUCUCCGAGGUUUUGCUGCCCAGUUUAUUAAACAGAAGCUUCCAGAUCUUCUGCGUUCUUACAUAGACGCAGACGUCAGUGGAAAUCAAGAAGGUGGCUUCCAAGAUAUAGCAAUAGAGGUCCUACACCUCCUCCUCUCCCAUCUCCUUUUUGGGCAGAAGGGAGCAUUUGGAGUUGGACAGGAACAGAUAGACGCUUUUCUUAAGACUCUGCGCAGAGAUUUUCCCCAAGAACGCUGUCCUGUGGUGCUUGCACCACUUUUAUAUCCUGAAAAACGGGACAUUCUAAUGGACAGGAUCCUGCCUGAUUCUGGAGGGGUAGCUAAAACCAUGAUGGAGAGUUCUUUGGCUGAUUUCAUGCAAGAAGUAGGCUACGGUUUUUGUGCAAGUAUUGAAGAAUGUCGGAAUAUAAUCAUGCAGUUCGGUGUUCGGGAGGUCACAGCUGCCCAGGUUGCCAGGGUUUUAGGAAUGAUGGCUCGAACUCAUUCAGGAUUAACAGAUGGUAUUCCAUUACAGAGUAUCUCUGCUCCUGGCAGUGGAAUCUGGAGUGAUGGAAAAGAUAAAAGUGAUGGAGCACAGGCACACACAUGGAACGUGGAAGUCUUGAUUGAUGUUCUUAAGGAACUGAACCCGAGUUUGAAUUUCAAGGAGGUAACUUACGAACUAGAUCAUCCUGGAUUUCAGAUUCGUGACAGUAAAGGACUUCAUAAUGUGGUUUAUGGCAUUCAGAGGGGUUUGGGUAUGGAAGUGUUCCCUGUAGACUUCAUAUAUAGACCUUGGAAACAUGCAGAAGGCCAGCUCUCCUUUAUUCAACAUUCCCUUAUAAAUCCAGAGAUCUUCUGUUUUGCUGACUAUCCCUGUCACACUGUUGCCACUGAUAUUCUGAAAGCACCACCAGAGGAUGACAAUCGAGAAAUUGCCACAUGGAAGAGCUUGGAUUUGAUUGAAUCUCUGCUUAGGCUUGCAGAAGUUGGGCAGUAUGAACAAGUCAAACAACUCUUUGGCUUUCCUAUCAAACACUGUCCAGACAUGCUGGUAUUGGCCUUACUCCAAAUCAACACUUCUUGGCACACUCUACGUCAUGAACUCAUCUCCACUCUGAUGCCAAUAUUCCUUGGAAAUCAUCCUAAUUCUGCCAUUAUUUUGCACUAUGCAUGGCAUGGGCAGGUAAGACAUGGUCAUUUGCUCAUGAUUGCCUUGUCAAUGCUGCUAAAUGGCACUCCAUUUGCCUUUGUUAUUGACCUUGCUGCACUUGCUUCACGUCGUGAAUACCUCAAACUUGACAAAUGGCUCACAGAUAAAAUAAGAGAGCAUGGGGAGCCUUUUAUUCAAGCAUGCAUGACUUUCUUAAAGAGAAGAUGUCCUUCUAUUUUGGGUGGACUUGCCCCAGAGAAAGACCAGCCUAAGAGUGCUCAACUUCCUCCUGAAACUCUGGCGACAAUGUUGGCUUGUCUACAGGCUUGUGCGGGGAGUGUUUCUCAGGAGUUAUCAGAGACCAUCCUCACCAUGGUAGCCAAUUGUAGUAAUGUUAUGAAUAAGGCCAGACAGCCACCACCUGGAGUUAUGCCAAAAGGACGACCUCCUAGUGCGAGUAGCUUAGAUGCCAUUUCUCCUGUUCAGAUUGACCCCCUUGCUGGAAUGGCAUCUCUUAGUAUAGGUGGUUCAGCUGCUCCUCACACCCAGAGCAUGCAGGGCUUUCCUCCAAAUUUGGGUUCUGCAUUCAGUACCCCUCAAUCACCAGCAAAAGCAUUUCCACCUCUUUCAACCCCAAAUCAAACAACUGCAUUCAGUGGUAUUGGAGGACUUUCAUCACAGCUUCCAGUAGGUGGUCUUGGCACAGGCAGCUUGACUGGUAUAGGAACUGGGGCUCUUGGACUUCCUACAGUGAAUAAUGAUCCCUUCGUACAGAGAAAACUGGGCACCUCUGGACUCAACCAGCCUACAUUCCAGCAGAGUAAGAUGAAACCUUCCGACUUAUCUCAGGUGUGGCCAGAGGCAAAUCAGCACUUUAGUAAAGAGAUAGAUGAUGAAGCAAAUAGCUAUUUUCAGCGAAUAUAUAAUCAUCCACCACAUCCAACCAUGUCUGUUGAUGAAGUAUUAGAAAUGCUACAGAGAUUUAAAGACUCAACUAUAAAAAGGGAACGAGAAGUAUUUAACUGUAUGCUAAGGAACUUGUUUGAAGAAUAUCGGUUUUUCCCCCAGUACCCUGAUAAAGAGUUACAUAUAACAGCUUGCCUGUUUGGUGGCAUAAUAGAAAAAGGACUAGUCACUUACAUGGCACUGGGUCUGGCCCUGAGAUAUGUCCUUGAAGCCUUACGGAAACCUUUUGGAUCCAAAAUGUAUUAUUUUGGGAUUGCUGCACUAGAUAGAUUUAAAAAUAGAUUGAAGGACUAUCCUCAGUAUUGCCAGCACUUGGCUUCCAUCAGUCACUUUAUGCAGUUUCCGCAUCAUUUGCAGGAGUAUAUCGAGUAUGGACAACAAUCUAGAGAUCCACCUGUGAAAAUGCAGGGCUCUAUCACAACCCCUGGAAGUAUUGCACUGGCUCAGGCCCAGGCUCAAGCCCAGGUUCCAGCCAAAGCUCCUCUUGCUGGUCAGGUUAACACUAUGGUAACCACCUCAACCACCACCACUGUUGCUAAAACGGUUACAGUCACCAGGCCAACUGGAGUCAGCUUUAAGAAAGACGUGCCACCUUCCAUCAAUACUACAAAUAUAGAUACAUUGCUUGUGGCCACAGAUCAAACUGAGAGAAUUGUGGAGCCCCCAGAAAAUAUUCAGGAGAAAAUUGCUUUUAUCUUCAAUAAUCUCUCACAGUCAAAUAUGACACAGAAGGUUGAAGAACUUAAAGAAACUGUGAAGGAAGAAUUUAUGCCUUGGGUUUCACAGUAUCUGGUUAUGAAGAGAGUCAGUAUUGAGCCAAACUUUCACAGCCUGUAUUCAAACUUCCUUGAUACACUGAAGAAUCCUGAAUUUAAUAAGAUGGUUCUGAAUGAAACCUACAGAAAUAUCAAAGUGCUCCUAACCUCUGAUAAAGCUGCAGCCAAUUUUUCAGAUCGUUCUUUGCUGAAGAAUUUGGGACAUUGGCUGGGAAUGAUCACAUUAGCUAAAAAUAAGCCCAUCUUACAUACUGAUUUGGAUGUGAAAUCUUUGCUGCUAGAGGCUUAUGUUAAAGGACAGCAAGAAUUGCUAUAUGUAGUGCCCUUUGUUGCCAAAGUCUUAGAGUCCAGCAUUCGUAGUGUGAUUCCCUUGUUCCAGGCCCAUCCACAGUUGAAACAGUGUGUGCGUCAAGCAAUCGAACGGGCUGUCCAGGAACUGGUUCAUCCUGUGGUGGAUCGGUCAAUUAAGAUCGCCAUGACUACUUGUGAGCAAAUAGUCAGGAAAGAUUUUGCCCUGGAUUCGGAGGAAUCUCGAAUGCGAAUAGCAGCGCAUCACAUGAUGCGUAACUUGACUGCUGGGAUGGCUAUGAUUACUUGCAGGGAACCUUUGCUGAUGAGCAUAUCUACAAACCUAAAAAACAGUUUUGCCUCAGCUCUUCGUACUGCAUCCCCACAACAAAGAGAAAUGAUGGACCAAGCAGCUGCUCAAUUAGCUCAGGACAAUUGUGAAUUAGCUUGUUGUUUUAUUCAGAAGACUGCAGUAGAAAAAGCAGGCCCAGAGAUGGACAAGAGAUUAGCAACUGAAUUUGAGCUGAGAAAACAUGCUAGGCAAGAAGGGCGAAGAUACUGUGAUCCUGUUGUAUUAACAUACCAAGCUGAGCGGAUGCCAGAACAGAUCAGGCUGAAAGUUGGUGGUGUGGACCCAAAGCAGCUGGCUGUUUAUGAAGAGUUCGCACGAAAUGUGCCUGGCUUCUUGCCUACAAAUGACCUAAGUCAGCCUACAGGAUUUUUAGCUCAGCCCAUGAAGCAAGCUUGGGCAACAGAUGAUGUAGCUCAAAUUUAUGAUAAGUGCAUUACAGAACUGGAGCAGCACUUACAUGCUAUACCACCAACUUUGGCUAUGAAUCCUCAAGCCCAGGCUCUUCGAAGUCUUUUGGAAGUUGUAGUGUUAUCACGGAAUUCUCGGGAUGCUAUAGCUGCUCUUGGAUUACUCCAGAAGGCUGUUGAGGGAUUAUUAGAUGCCACAAGUGGUGCUGAUGCUGACCUACUGCUGCGUUACCGAGAGUGCCACCUCUUGGUACUCAAAGCUCUGCAGGAUGGCAGGGCAUAUGGAUCUCCAUGGUGCAACAAACAGAUCACAAGGUGCCUAAUUGAAUGUCGAGAUGAAUAUAAAUACAAUGUGGAGGCAGUGGAGUUGUUAAUACGAAAUCAUUUGGUAAACAUGCAACAGUAUGACCUUCACCUAGCUCAGUCAAUGGAGAAUGGUCUAAACUACAUGGCCGUGGCAUUUGCUAUGCAGUUGGUAAAAAUCCUGCUGGUGGAUGAAAGGAGUGUUGCCCAUGUUACUGAGGCAGAUCUGUUUCACACCAUUGAAACUCUCAUGAGGAUUAAUGCUCAUUCCAGAGGCAAUGCUCCAGAAGGAUUGCCCCAGCUGAUGGAAGUGGUACGAUCCAACUAUGAAGCAAUGAUUGAUCGUGCUCAUGGAGGCCCCAACUUUAUGAUGCAUUCUGGGAUCUCUCAAGCCUCAGAGUAUGAUGACCCUCCAGGCCUGAGGGAGAAGGCAGAGUAUCUUCUAAGGGAAUGGGUGAAUCUCUACCAUUCAGCAGCAGCUGGCCGUGACAGUACCAAAGCUUUCUCUGCGUUUGUUGGACAGAUGCAUCAGCAAGGAAUACUGAAGACUGAUGACCUCAUAACAAGAUUUUUUCGUUUGUGCACUGAAAUGUGUGUUGAAAUCAGUUACCGUGCUCAGGCUGAGCAGCAGCACAAUCCUGCUGCUAAUCCCACCAUGAUCCGAGCCAAGUGUUAUCACAAUCUAGAUGCCUUUGUACGACUCAUUGCACUGUUAGUGAAGCACUCAGGGGAGGCUACCAAUACUGUCACAAAGAUUAAUCUGCUGAACAAGGUUCUUGGUAUAGUAGUGGGAGUUCUCCUACAGGACCAUGAUGUUCGACAAAGUGAAUUUCAGCAGCUUCCCUACCAUCGAAUUUUUAUCAUGUUGCUCUUGGAACUCAAUGCACCUGAGCAUGUGUUAGAAACUAUUAAUUUCCAAACACUUACAGCUUUCUGUAAUACAUUCCACAUUUUGAGGCCUACCAAAGCUCCUGGCUUUGUAUAUGCCUGGCUUGAGCUGAUCUCCCAUCGGAUAUUUAUUGCAAGAAUGCUGGCACAUACACCACAGCAGAAGGGCUGGCCUAUGUAUGCGCAGCUACUGAUUGACUUAUUCAAAUAUUUAGCACCUUUUCUUAGAAAUGUGGAGCUCACCAAACCUAUGCAAAUCCUCUACAAGGGUACUCUAAGAGUGCUGCUGGUUCUUUUGCAUGAUUUCCCAGAGUUCCUUUGUGAUUACCAUUAUGGGUUCUGUGAUGUGAUCCCACCCAAUUGUAUCCAGUUAAGAAAUUUGAUCCUGAGUGCCUUCCCGAGAAACAUGAGGCUCCCAGACCCAUUCACUCCUAAUCUGAAGGUGGACAUGUUGAGUGAAAUUAACAUUGCUCCCCGGAUUCUUACCAAUUUCACUGGAGUGAUGCCACCUCAGUUCAAAAAGGAUUUGGAUUCCUAUCUUAAAACUCGAUCACCAGUCACUUUUCUCUCUGAUCUGCGCAGCAAUCUACAGGUAUCAAAUGAACCUGGCAAUCGCUACAACCUCCAGCUCAUCAAUGCACUGGUGCUCUAUGUAGGGACUCAGGCCAUUGCACAUAUCCACAACAAAGGCAGCACACCUUCAAUGAGUACCAUCACCCACUCAGCACACAUGGACAUCUUCCAGAACCUAGCUGUGGACUUAGAUACAGAGGGCCGGUAUCUCUUCUUGAAUGCAAUUGCAAAUCAGCUGCGGUACCCAAACAGCCACACUCACUACUUCAGCUGCACCAUGCUGUACCUUUUUGCCGAGGCCAACACGGAAGCUAUCCAGGAACAGAUCACAAGGGUUCUCUUGGAACGGUUGAUUGUAAAUAGGCCACAUCCUUGGGGUCUUCUUAUUACUUUCAUUGAGCUGAUUAAAAAUCCAGCGUUUAAGUUCUGGAACCAUGAGUUUGUACACUGUGCCCCAGAAAUCGAAAAGUUAUUCCAGUCAGUUGCACAGUGCUGCAUGGGACAGAAGCAGGCUCAGCAAGUAAUGGAAGGAACUGGUGCCAGUUAGAUGAACUCCUCCUGAUUCUCCCAGCCCUUUGGUUCUCAGGUGUCUGCCCCAACACCUACGCUGUUGAGGGUUGGCCUCCUGUCUACGUGGGCACGUUCCAAAGUUUAAAUGCAUUUUUUUGACUUGGCCAAAAUUUAGACGAUGCUGUGAAUAUCAUUUUGAACUUGUGUAAAUAUAUGAAAGAGAAAACCUUUGUCUGAACUUCUGGGUUUGUGCAAAAUGUGUUCAAGGCAAGUACAUAAACUAGUACGUUGUAAUAAAGAGGCAGCUAAAUACCA